CAGCACUCGUUCAGCAGCAUCCCACCAUCACCAGUCUCUGUUUGUUGGUUGAAGUUUUCCAUUUUUUUUCUUUUUGUAUCUUUUCCCCCUGGGACUUGGGCGAGGAGGAGGAGGGACAGGGGUGGCUAUAUGGCGGAGAAAGUUUGUAUCUUCUCACUUCUUUGUUGGCUUUUGACUGAUAUUUUUCUUUUGCUAUUCUUGAUUGAGCUGGAAAAAAUUUUCUUUCAACAGUUGUACAGCGACAGAAAGUGUCAUUCUUGUUUGUACCAAUCAUCGUAGCAUAACUUAUUUUUUUCUUUAUUUUGGUGGAAGCGGUUGGGAAGCUAUAGCUCAUUAGGAAAUGUAAAUGUUCAUAAAUAACAACUUAAGUGGGGUGGUAUCCCCUAUUGAUUCAGCUGUUAAGAAAAGGACUCCAAGGAGCAGGGAAUUCUUGGACCAUGGAGUGCCUGCUUGUGGUCCAGAACAUUAUCAAUUGACUUUUCAAGUAAUUGUAGUUGUAUCGAGAAUUCGAAAUGCAAGUGCUUAGAAUUUGGUGAAACUGAAGAAAGUAAAAGAAAGGCCAAUCUACCUAAUCUAUUACUACGUUAAUCUAUUAGGUAUCAUUACUACGUUAAGUAUGGUGCUUUAAAGUCCAUGACCAUGUACGAUGAGGCCUUGUGUAUUCAUAGCUCCCUGCUUCUUGGAUUUUGCUCACCUCUGCGGACGUAAUGUAUUGCUUAUAAAUGUUUGAACUUGAACGUUUUGUCUCACAUUUUGCUUGAAUUGGAUUAUGACGUUCUUGUGGGUACGAUCCAACAAAGGUCUAUAAUGUACUUUCUAGCCUUGGUGUUUUCAUUACCACAUUUUCUUGUUGCAUUUAUCUCCCUUAACUUCUUCCUUUACCAUAAAUAGUUAUAAUUAAUCAUGCUUCUACCAUCCCUGAAUCGGUACUUAUCAUACGAGGUGGACAUGAUAAAUAUGUUGAUCAUAUACAAAUGAUUCUUCCGUACUUCUUUCCUUUCCUUUUGAGUGUAAGAGCUUUGCUUUGGUUACUUUUUAGAAGAUCGUUGAGUUUUGCAUCAAUAACCAUUCUCAUGUUACCUGCAAGCUGAAAAAUAGUAGUUAGGUGCUUCAUCUGGUGCAGUCUUGGUGGUUCAAUCAUUGAUGUAGAAGUAAGAACAUCUAGGACUGAAUCUGUACUUAAAACAGUUUUUCCUGGUGGAUCUGGCUGCGUCACGUUUUCACAAGCAGUUACUCUCAUUUUCAUUAUGGUGACCAGAAAAUCAUGUUCCUUUUACUAAGUGAUAUAAACAAAUAGGCAGGAAAUGGGAGGUUGCUGUUGUUCUUCCCGCAAGCCUCAAUUUCAUGGAACUCCUGUAUUUUACUAUGUGGUGCCCAUCCGUGUCGGAGGAACACGAGUCCCUGACUUCUAAUGACAGUGUUGCAACUGCACUCACUGCUGGUUUCCUGGUUGAUUUGAAUCUUGAUACAUCAAUUCCUGACACUUUUCGAUCCCCACCCACACCUAUUCCAUUUGAUGUGGUUUUGGGCCGUCCACCAACUGAUUCUAAUUCUGCUGGAGAACCAGGCAAUGCAAGCAGCUUUGAGACAGAUAUACCUGUAGAGAAUAAAGAAUCUGAUUUGAAAGCUGAACCUGGCUUCCUUCUUGCCACUACUAAAAAAAUUGGAAAUGAGCUUCUGAAAUCAAGCCCUCACUUAAAUUCAUUGACUCCAGAUGAAGAAGCUGAUGUUUGUCCUACAUGUCUUGAAGAUUAUGAUGCGGAGAAUCCUAGAAUCGUCACCAAAUGUAAUCAUCAUUUUCAUCUCUCUUGCAUACUGGAGUGGAUGGAAAGAAGUGACACUUGUCCCAUAUGUGAUCAGAUACCAGUCUUAGUCGUCGUGGUCGCUGACAACAGACGACAUUGGCCCGAUCUAUUUUACCGUUGAAAAUGUGCAACAACAUAAGAUGAUGUUUCUUGUCAAUUCUGACAGGAAAUGAUCUAUGAAGCUUUGUGAUGCCAUCAGAUUGAAGUGUCUUGGCCUUGAGAUGUCAAGGCAUGGCAACUUGAAUUUUGAAGGGUUGCCUAAGAAGUUAAUUUGUCCACACCAUGGGGUGGGGUGGCCAAGAGAUUCAUUUUCGUAUAAUUCUUAAUAAUUCUGUGCAUUAUGUGCAUAUUUUGAAAUGUCAAUGUAAGUUCAUAUUUUGAUCAAAUUCGGAAGGCAUCUCAAUUCUGGGGAGCUAUUAACGUGAAAGAAGAGGGGCACUAGUGGAAGGAAGGAAGCUCCUUUCACUUUAGGACACCAGAUGCCAUAUCUUUAACAGAUUGGCAUUUUAUGCAUUGAAGGACAGCGUAGCUGGUUGAUCUUUUUAUCCUGUACAGAGAAAACUAUGAGCGAUGUUGAAGGGUGCAAACUCAGGCUCAUGGUCGUGGACUCGAGAGAAACAGUCACUUUUGCUUUUGAUGUCUGGAAGAUCACUGACAUUACUCGAUUUCUCAUGGAUUAAUCCUUCUGAUACUACUGUUUAUCGUUUAUCAAUUGACAUAAUGCUGUACAAAUUUCAUCUUCUGAUAUCAGUUAGGAUGAUACAUGCAUUCAGCCAUGUUGCUUCGUUUGACUGGUUUCAAGAUUUCAUACCCGGACCAAGUUGAAUUCUUGUUAUUUAA